CAUCAUAUCGGUGUGCGGCAGGCGGCAGGCUCGGCACGGGUGGCGGCGUUGUCCCCCCUGGCGGCGGCAUCCUGAGGCCCGCAACAAAACAAUGGAGGAGUGAGGCGGCAGGCAGCACACACACACACACUCACCGCCCCGCCCCGCACCACGCCCGCCACACACGGCACCCCGCAGCGCCCCCCGGGCCGCCCCGCAGCGGUGAGCAGCGCCAUGGCCCCGGCAGGGCACGCACGGACACGGCCUGAGGAAACAUGAGGGGUUCUGCCGAGCCAGUGUAGCGUCCCUCGGAGCACCCAGGACCCGAUGGACACCCGCAAGCGUAGGAAGGAGGGGGGGGUGCUGGCCCCUACCCUGGAGAGCUUGCAGGCCUCCCCGAAAAGGGCUCGCGUACACGCCCAACGGAAAUUCGCGCAAGGCUCCCAACCGAACAGCCCAGCGCCCACCCCAGUGAAGGAGACGAGGGAGCUGAGGGAGCGGAACAGCGGAGCGUCGGAGCCUCGGACCAGGAGCGCCAGCCAGGCUCUCCCGCCCCCGCCCCCCCUCGACCUGGUGGAGGUGCCCGUGAGGCCGACGGUCGAGGAUUUUCUGACGUUUUUGUGCUAUAGGGGUACCUCCCUUCUCCCCCCGGGGCUGGAGCACUUCAACAACCCCCAGCUGAUGGAACUCGCAGCGGAAAGUCGAGGUCAGUCCCCGGCGCGUGAUGACAAGGGGAGAUUGUCCAAGAGGCGGAACGAUGGAUUUACGCUGGAGAAGAAAGACCGAGAGAGGGAGCUGUCGAAGGAGUCCGUCAAAAAGAACCUCGACCAAACGGAGACAGAUGGGGGUUCCUACACCAUACCUUACCGGGUGACGCGGAGCACCCCACACCCGCCCCCGCCAGCCGCCACCACCGCCGCCCCCGCCACCCAGCCCAGCGCCACGCCCCCACCUGUCGCCCCCACACCCGCCAUGCUCCCCCACACCCGUAAGAAGCUGUCGGAGCGGCUGAUGAUAAAGAAAACGUUGAUGUUGCAGAAUAAGGCAAAGUCGAUGAGGUUGCAAGACCGCAAAAGCCUGUCGCUGCGCCGGUGUGAGGUCCCGGUGGUGGACUCCAUGGUGGCCACACGGUCCGGCCGGCUGCUGCAGAAGUACAGAGUCUCGGCCACCACCGCCCUGGCCCGCAAGAAGGCUCGGGUGGCUUUCCGCUCCUCCAUCAGGCCCAAGCAGAAGCUGUCGAGGAUACUGCAGAGACUCGGUGGCUCGGCGGCGCUCGCAACCGACUCCAGGGUGCCGCGGACAACCCGAAGCCAGGCCGAGGGGCGAGACAGCGACAGGAGCGAGAGGAGCGACAAGGGCGAAGCGAAAAUGGAAGGAAAGGCCAAGGGUGAUAAGGUUGACAAGGGCGACGGGGUGAAGGCGGGGCGCAAGGAGGAUGGGGUGAAGAGUGACGCGCCCCGGCUGCCCCGCCCCGUCAGGCUGGUCCGGCAGAAGCUUCAGGACGGGAAAUACGUUGUGAAGAAGGUUGUUAGGGUCACCAGGGAAGGCACCAAGAACGAAGGUGAGACCAAUCACAUCGACACCUCACCGACAACCACAUCCCUGAACAACAACCACACCACCGCAACCACCACAACCACCACCACCACCAGGUCCCCCGAUCAAGUCCCCCUCGCUAAGCGCCUUCGCCGGAGCACGCUUGACGCCAACACACCAACGCACGCACACACUAACAAGAAAUCACCCAACGCACUCACGAACCCGCAUACGAAAAAGGCGACCGAGAGCAAGACGGAUGGCAAAGCGGAUGGCACCUCAAACGACGACAAAUCCACAACGUCACCCACCACAUCCGUGUCUCCGCUGUCCCUACGGAGCCACUCAUCCGACAACCAGUCAUCCGCAUCCAGCCCGGAGCUACCCAAUCUCAUGCUCCCAAAAUACACCACACAUGCAUCCGUCAGCUCAUCCGCCAAGGCCCUGUCCGCUGUCCCGUCACCCGCCUCGCCAUCCGCCUCGCCCCACAAGACGAGGUCAUCCACUCCGGCCUCCCUCACGACCGCCAAGUUCUAUACCUCAUCCGCCUCAUCCGGUUCAUCCGUCAGCCGGAGAUUGGCAGCGGGAGGGAAGGAGGAGAAGGUCACAGCAAAGGAGGAGAAGAUGGAGACGGAGGAGAUUGAAAAAUACCCGUCGGUGCGCGUGAGACCCAGCCGCAGGAGCAAGGAGCUGGCCGUUGCGUACCGCCAGCUGGGCAGUGAGGGGCGCAGUGGCAGCAAGGCCCUGGCAGUGACGGCGGCGGUGGCGGCGAAGAGUGAAAAGAAGGAGCACAAGGAAGAAGAGGAGGAGGAGGAGGAGGAGGAGGAGGAGGAGGAUGAAGAAGGGGAGGAAGAGAAGAAGGGAAUGUCCAGUGUUACCAACCUGAGGACACAUGUCAGAUCCAAAGAUGCCGAGGGGGACGAGAAGACCCAGAGUUCGGGGGCAGAGCAGGCCGGCACUGGAGACUCCCCCGGCAAGGCGCCCAGCAGCGACACCACUCCAGGGAAGGCAGGGAUCAGGAAAUGUCUCCGUCGGCAGCGAGAGGCGGAAACUGAAGCAGCGGAGAGCGUACGGGUGACCAGACGCACUCCAUCGACACCCAACAAGGACGAGUCACCCGGCAGUGGAGCGGAUGACAGCGGGCGGGUGACUUCUAGGCGGCUGAGGCGAGACCGAGGUUCGCAGGAUGUCAUAACCAGUCCGGACACGCCCACGAAGCCCACCGCCACGGCCGCCACUCCCACACGCUCCGCCGAGACGUCACCGGCCGCCUCCCGUAGCCUCAGACGCACGAGGAGCGACGCGGAUGAAACGCUACGUAAGGCAUCCGUCGUAAUGACCCGACGCGCAUCGCUGGAGGUUGACACGAAACGCAAACCGAAACCAGACACUACGAACCACCAGGAGAGCGACGGCGGCGAGAACGAACGCUCGCCGGCCGCCACGCGCUCAAAGAGAGACACUCGGCGGACUGGAACCACCGAAGUGAGAAAACCUGAGGAUAGCGACAAAAUGAUCCGUCCGAGGGUGAAAAAGCAGGCCAUCGAGAUCCAGUGUAUCGUCGCGAGGGCCACGUCCCCGGAGAUACCAAAGCCUACCGACCUCCUGCCCCCGGCCCUCACCACCCUGACCCCCAAGACGGAGACAGAGGAGCAGGGGCGGAAGAACAGCACCGACGGCGAGGAUGACAGCAAAACGACCCUAGCCCAGCGCAUCAUAGCGGAAGGCGAGAGGAUGUACGGCCAGGCUGGGAAGUCGCAGCGGGCAGUUACACAAGACCGUAAGACCCUAGACCAGCAUGUGCCGAGGGAGGGGGUGAGACAGGGGGCCGCCCGGAGGAGCCUCGACAAGUCCGACAGUAGUAGUGAGGCCGGGGAACCCCAGUCGAGAAGUGGCAGUAGGAGUCGCAGUGGGUCCCUCGGCGGUGGCACUGUGCCGGCUGUGUCAGAGCCAUCCGCCACUGAGGAGGAAAUCUCAUCACUAAACGGUAAGGAUAAGAAAGCACCGGUGUCGCAGAGCCGCCGUAAGUCCAUCGGCGGGCGUCGGCGGAGCAGCAACCACGAUGAGGCUAAGCUGAAUGAGGUUUUGGAGAGUGUCGCCAAGGAUUUCGAGCGCGACAUCGACGGCGACCACUACGAGAAGAUGGAGCACGACCUCAUGAUGGGCAACAAGUCCCCCGACAAGCCUGGCGGGCCGGGGCGAGAGGCGGCUGCAGGGGAGGGCGGGGCGGCCGAGACUGGGGUUGGCGACGAGAAAGGUUCCAAUGCUUCCAAUGGUUCCAAUCCCACAGAUGCGGCGGGGGUGUCCAGAGGGGGGGCGGGGCAGGGCGGAGGAGGCAGCCCCAGCCCCGGGAGGCGCGGCGCGGGGAGUAAAAAGCUGAAUGAUGUCGUGCGCUCCCUGCAAAAGAAACAGGCGGAGACCCCAGGCCGCGCCACGCCGCCGCUGCAAAACCCGACCUUCCUCAGAGACCUUGGCGGCUGGACGGACAAACAGAGGCAAGUAAGUCCCCCGCUAGCUCCCCCCCCUGAAGGCACCCCCCCAGCACCCCUAGCCGCCGCACAGAGGGGGGGGCGGGGCGAGGCGGUGCUGGCCCCCGGCACCCCUCCUCCACCUCCUCCGCCACCACCCCAAAGACCCGCCACCACUAAAGUACAACACCCCUCCACCACCUCCAUCACCUCCACCAUCACCUCCACCACCACCACCACCACCACAACCACCUCCACCACCCAGAGUGAGGCCCCCCCGCAGCCCCCAACAGGCCCCCCCCAGCCCCCUCCUGGUGUCAGUAAGGCUGUGGCGGCUAAGGCAGUCCCCUCCACCUCCACCGCCACCACCACCAAGGCUAGUCUGGUGCUGGGCAAGGCGGCGGCGGCCACCCCGGAGCAGGUGACGGUGGUGCCCAGCCCGCCGGUGGCCGCCAAGCCCCCCGUCACCGUGGGUGUGGCAGGGCCUGGGUUCCCGCCGGGGCUGGGUAUGACCCGCAUGACCCCGGGCCUCACCAUCUCCGCUGUGAGCAGCGCGGCGGCCAAGGUGGCUGGCCCCAAGCCCCUGGACCCCUCCCCCGCCCCCGCCAUGGCCCCAGCCCUCAAGAGCCUCCCCAAGCAGGUGCACAUUGCCCCCAAGCCCUCCACCACCGCUGCCGCCACCCCCAUCCCCGCCCCCGCCCCCCCGCCCCCCAGCCAGCUGUCCAUCUCAGUGCUGCCCCCUGGCACGCAUCACAAGCCCAGCCCCAAGCCAGUACAAAUAGCCCCCAAGCCCCCGGCGGCGGGGCUCCACCACCACCCUCACCACCACCAUGGCGGCCCCCAGCUGCUGGCUGCGGCAGGCGGCCCAGUGCUGCAGAGCCUGGCCCAGCCCAUGGCCCACCAGCACCACCACAGCACGGUGCAGGCCAUUGCCCAGCCCCUGCAGCCCAUGCAGGCCCUGCCCCAGCCCCUGCAGGCCAUGCCGGUGCAGGCCGUCAUCACCCAGGCCGUGCUGGAGGCCGGCCACCACCCCCUGGGGGCCCUGUCCUCCCCCGCCAAGAUCAUGACCCAGCCUGUCUUCGUCACCUCCGUGGCCGCCCCCGUCACCUACGGCAGCCUGGCCCCCCAGCAGGCCGUGGGCACCAUGGCCCGCAUGCUGGCCGCCAAGCCCCAGCCUCACCUCAUGACUCCCAAGGGCCCCGGUGACGCCCCCGCCGCCGCCGCCCCGCUGGUCACCCUCACCCCCAGCAGCGUGUCGCUGCAGCAGCACCCGCCGCAGAUACUCACCGUCAACGUGAUGCCGCUCACCUCCACCCACGUGCAGACCAUGGCCCACCCCGGCCCCAUGGUGGGCCCCAUGGCCGGCACCAUGUCUGGCCCCGUGGCCGGCUCCGUGGCCGGCACUGUGUCUGGCCAGGCGGGGCUGGUGUCCAGGCUGCAGGCGCUGGGUGCUGCCUCGCCCCAGCACCAGCACCACCAGCACACGGCCAUCCUGCCUGCUGUCUCUGCUGCGCCGGCCACCCAACACAACCCUGGUGGUGGUGCCCCGCCCCCCCAGCCCACCCUGUACACCACCAUGGCACCAGCCUGCCAGCCAGGGACUGCCAGGCCCACCACCACCACCACCCCCACCCCGGCCCAGGCCACACCACCACCGCCACCACCACCAGGGAUGCAAUCCAGUGUGUGCCAAACACCACCACCUGACCCCCUGGUGGGUGGUGGUGGUGGUGGUGGUGUCAGUGGCCAGGUGUGUGCCUCCCAGCCUGCCCCAGGGGAGAAGGGCCCCCAAGCCCUGGCCCCCGGUGGCAGGGUGCCGGGCCCCAGCAGAGGCAGCCCCGCCCUGCCCAGCCCUGCCCCCACGGGUGUUGCCACCACCACAGCAACACCCAUCACCACCACCCUCAUCACCACCCUCACCACCACCAGCACCGCCGCGGUGGUCAGCACCACCAUUACGUGUUCCACCCAGACCUGCCCCGCGGGUGAGGGGCCGCCGCGGGGCACCCUGAUAGGCAACGUGCGGGUGACGGAGGUGACCAGGUUUGCCCGGCGGAACAGCAGCCCUGUGCCCAUCACUGUACCCCCCCACGGCACCCCCCGGGGCACCACGCCGCCCCUCGCUUCUGCCCGGCCACUGCCCCACGGGGCUGGCGCCGCUGUCACCGCCACUGGCCUGGCGGAGGCCAAGCCACAACACAGCUGGGCGGCCAACACCAGCCAGGGUGUGGCUGGUGCCCGGCACCCCGCCACCACCACCACCACCACCACCACCACUACUGCCACCACCACUGCCACCACCACUGCCACCACCACUGCCGCCACCACCACCACCACUGCCGCCACCACCCCAGGUCUGAGGCUGCCUGGUGGGGUGGGUGUGCUGCCCCACAGGCCAGGGGUACGCAGCACCUCCCUGCCGCCGCUGCAGCCUGGGCCGUCCACAGAGAAGGCCGGCAGCACUUUGAGUGUGUCUGAGAGGGCCAGCCAGGGCCCGGCAGUGGCCAUCCCUGGAGGCAGGAAGGUGGAGAGGUCCUUGUCUGUGCCCGGCCCUCACCCCACCACUGUGAGUGCCCCGCCCCCCCCCAGGGCAGCCGAUGCCUCCACCCACACCCUGGCCCUGCCCACGCCCACCAGGAACGGGCCGGACAGGGCCGCGGCACUGGCCAGGCCUGACGACGGGUCCUCCAAGCCCUGCACACCAGCGGCUGCGGCGACAGACAACACCCAGGUGCUGAGCAGCGACGAGGAGGGCCGGGCGGCGGUGGCAGGGCGGCCGGCCAGCAUGAACGGCCGCGAGGAGAGUGACGGGGAGAGGGCCGGGCGGAGCGUGUGCGUGGGUGAGCGCAAGAAGGAGCCGCUGCUGAAGAGGACGCUGUUCAAGACCAAGAGCCAGGAGGAGAAGAGGGCGGGAGCCUCGGCCAUCUACCGCACCAAGAGCAUGGAGGUGAAGAAGCCCUCGGGGGCCUUCUCGCCCCUGCACGAGAGCAGCGUCUACGCCUUCGAGCCAGAGGUGGAGACCAGCAUGGAGGAGUCGUCACCCUUCUCACAGCGCAUCAAGAACAUCCAGCCCUCACCCAGCACCUCACCCGUCAAGCCAAACAACGCCAUCAAGCCCCCGGCACCACACCCACCACAGCCCCCACACCCGCCCCAACCACAUCUCCCACAGGCUGCACAGACCCACAGCAAGCCCAUACAGCCCCCUGGUCAACCACUAACCAAGCCCCCAGCCACACAGCUCCCCAGUCAACCAGUAACCAAGCCCCCAGUCACACAGCCCCCAUGUCAACCACCAACCAAGCCCCCCAGUCUACCACUAACCAAGCCCCCAGCCACACAGCUCCCCAGUCAACCACCAACCAAGCCCCCCAGUCUACCACUAACCAAGUCCCCAGUCACACAGCCACCAUGUCAACCACCAACCAAGCCCCCCAGUCUACCACUAACCAAGCCCCCAGUCACACAGCCACCAUGUCAACCACCAACCAAGCCCCCAAGUCUACCACUAACCAAGCCCCCAGUCACACAGCCCCCCAGUCAACCACUAACCAAGUCCCCAAUCACUCAGGCCAGUCAACCAAUAACCAAACCCACAACCACACAGCAACCGCAACCAACAGUCACACAGCAACCUCAACUAACCAAGCCCCCAGUCACACAGUCCCCCAGUCAACCUUUAAGGCCACAACACACACAGCCCUCUCCUCAACCCCCAGUGAAGCCCAUAGCCCCACAUCAGCCCCCAGCCAGACCCCCAGUUCCAGGCGUGCGCAGUCCUGUGGUUCGGUCACUGACGCCGCUCAUCGUGAACAGACCAAAAGGCGCUGUGGGUAUUGGCGUCGGCGUAGGGGUAUCGCCGCAGACCCUGGCAGCUACAAAGAAGGUCACAACUGGCACUGGGACUCGUAUGAUGCCGCCCAGCAAACCGAUCGGCACUACCACCACCACCGUCGCCACCACGAUGGAUAAACCCCACACCGUCAAGUCCACAUGUACGUCCACCUCACCGCAGGACGAGGGGAAGGUCGCGAUUGAGGCGGAAGCGAAGGAGGGGAAAACGGGAAACAAGAAGAACGUAAGCAGCACGUCGAUCGCGAUACAGUGCGACAUGGACAGCGGAACCGAGGCUGCGCAGGACGACAGCGGCGGCGUACGCGCGAACGAGAGCGGAACGCAGACCGACGGACCGAGCAAAUUCCCUCUUCCGCCGAAUGCCUCCCCGUUCUACUACCUUCCGCUGGCGAUGGCGGCGCUCGGCGAAAAGCUCCCCGCUCAGUUGGUUCAGCAAAUGCUCGCCAAAACGCAGGGUCUCGUCGGGGCUGCUGAGGCUGGGAUGAUCCUUCAGCAGGCAGCACAGUUAGCCCAGCAGCACCAGCAGAAACUCCACCAGGGACUCAGCGCUCCCCUGCCCAACACGACUGCCGUAAAACCGAUUAAGUCCGCCUCGAUUCCCGGGUUGGCGGUUGCCCCGAUCGUGUCUGGAAACCCCUCCACCGCCCCUUCCACCCCUUCCGCCACUCCCGUCAGGCCUGUUAGCAAACCCCAGGAGUCCGUAGUGGGUGCAGGGGGCACUUCAUCCACCCCAGCAACCACUUCAACCACAACCACCACCACCACCUCUGUAGCUAGCACCUCCCUCACCACCAUAACCACCACCACCACAUCAUCAUCAUCCACCACAACCACUAGUACCUCCCCUCCACCACCACCUCCACCCCCACCACCACUACCCACCUCAUCCACAGAGCCAGUAUUACCAAGUCAGACAUCCACCACUGCCUCACCCACCACCACCACCACCACCUCAUCCACCACAUCCACCUCACUAGUCAAACCCAGGAUUGCUAAGUCUAUCCCUGUACCUCCUCUUAGACAACAGACCACUGCAACCGAAAACUCAACCAUUGACGAACCUGACCCCAAGACUCCCGCGUCCCCGAAACCGAAGCCACGCACGAAGGUCAAGGACGCUAAGGGGCCAGACGAGGACCCACCGACGCGGAGACGUAGCGGACGAGCGACGACAUUAGCUUCGACGCGUGCCACCGAAUCGGACCUCAUGGAAAUUGAAGAGCAAAGACGCAGUAGAAAAGCGCGCCGUGUCGCGGCUGCCCUGGCGAAGGAGGAGGCCUGGAGCUCUUCCUCGGAGGCACCGCUCAGCCCACAGAUGUCCCCGGAUACCCUGAGAGGAUGGCCGCCCCCGAGGUUGACCAGCAGUCCCACUCCCUCCCAGAGCUCCGAGGGCACCACCUCCUCCACGCCCUCCCAGCGCAGCAACCGCCUCUCCUCCCGCAGCCGCCGACAGUCACCCGCCAACAAUUAUGACUUCAGCCUGAGGCCAAGUGUUCCUGGUGCCCACAGUGUCUCGCGCAGCUCGGCCCCCAGCACGCCGGCCAGCCAGACCAGCCAGGGUGCCACGGGGCCGAGUCCAGGGCUGGCGGACAAGACGAUGGCAGACCCCAAGGCUGGCUACACAUGCGACAACUCCCUCCUAACGCGGGCGCCGUCGUUCUUCCCGUCGGAGGAGGAGUUCACCGACCCCCUGGACUACAUCGAGAAGAUCAGGCCCGAGGCGGAGCAGUUUGGGGUGUGUCGCAUCGUGCCGCCAAGCAACUUCAAGCCUGAGUGCCGAGUGAAUGAUGACAUGCGUUUCACCGGCAACAACCAGUAUAUUCAGAAGAUGAUGCAUCGCUGGGGGCCCAACGUCCGCACCCUGAGGGCUAUACGACGCUGCCUGGCCAAGCAAAACAUUGAGCUCACUACUAACCCUCUGAUCGGCUGCAUGGAGCUGGACUUGGUGCGGCUGUACGAGGUGGUUGAGCAGCACGGUGGCCUCAUGUCCGUCAUCGAGAACGAGCUCUGGGGUAAGGUGGCGGACGCUUGUCGUAUCCCUCGCUCGGCCCAGGAGCGAAUCACGAAAUUGGACUCCAUCUACUGCAAAUACCUCCUGCCCUAUGCAACCCUGUCCAGUAAGGAGAGAGAGGAGCUGCUUGCGGAGGUUGACAGCAUCCACACACGCAGCCUGGCAGACAGCGGAAGCAAGAAGCCCUCCUCCACCUCCUCCGAUAAUGAGGAAGAGGAGGAGGAGGAGGAGAGCCUGGACUGCAUAGUGAAGGGUAAAAGCACGGCACUGAGCACCUUCUACCGCAUCGCCCGGAACACCUCCAACCAGUGGCAGCCGGACCCAGCGAGCCUCGAGGUGGAUGAACGCUACUGGUCCCUGGUCGUCAACGGGAGCCACCAUGUCUGUGUCCUCUCGGCAAGCAUCGACACCUCCGAGCACGGGUACGGCUUCCCCUCGCACCGGUCCUCGCCCCUCGCCAAGCACCCCUGGAACCUCAAGAACCUCUGUCAGAACCCCAACUCGAUUCUGAAGAGCAUGGGGACGAUAGUGGGUGUGACGGCCCCCACCCUACACGUUGGCAUGCUGUUCUCUACGGUGUGCUGGUAUAAGGACCCACACAGCCUGCCGUGGAUAGAGUACCUCCACACCGGGGCCUCCAAGAUAUGGUAUGGGGUCGCGGCGAACCAGGAGGACAAGCUCUACGCGGCGCUCAAGAAAAUCGUACCGGACUUCGUAAAGGAUUCGGCCAUCUGGCUACCCUCCGACACGGCCAUGGUUCCCCCGAGUGAGCUGGUGCGAGAGGGUGUGCGGGUGUGCCGGGUGGUGCAGGAGCCGGGCCAGUUUGUCGUGGUGUUCCCCGGCGCCUUCACCUCCAGCAUAUGCAAGGGGUACCUCAUUUCCGAGAGCGCCUUCUUCGCAAGACCGCAGUAUUUUGACCGCGCUGUGGCUUCGUUUAAGGCGCUCCGAGACUGCUGUGAGCCGUCCAUGUUCUCCCUGGAGCGUCUGGUGCUCUCGGUGGUGACGGACCCUCGCUCGACGCUGGACGGUCUGCUGCGUGCCCGAGACUUGGUGCUGCAGGUGGUACAGCGCGAGAAGGACCUCCGGGCUAGGCUGGCGGAGAUCGGGUUGGAGGCCAGCGAGCGGCUCUCCACGCCUGACUCCCACCGCAAGAAGAAGAGUCGCUUCAUAGAGGAUGAGGAGGAGAACAUGUGUGAGAUGUGCCGCCAGAACCUCUACGUGGCCCUGGUUACGAACUCUCAGGAGGAGGCCGUGUACUGUCUGGAACACGCCCUCACCUUCCUCACCAAGAACCCAAGCCAUUUGGAAUACUGCAAACUCAUGUACACCUACAGCCUCUCUGAGCUGGACGGGGCUGUGAAGCAGAUGGAGGAGCGGAUUCACAUCAAGAGCGGCAAGAAGGUGUCCCCCACAGGCAAGAAGAACCACAGACACAGAGAGCAUUUGGACUCCUUCAGCAGCAGCACCAGCAGCUCCAACCUCUGAGGGGAAUCAAAGGAGAGAGAAGGAGAGAGAAAAGAGUAUCACAGGUUAUAAAGAAACGAAACACACACACACACACACACACACACACACACACACACACACACACACAAGCCGUACACAUGCCGUAAGAAGGAAAUAAGGUCAGUAGUGUGUGUGUGUGUCUAUGUGUGUACGUAAUAUAAGUGCGUGUGUGCGUGUGUUUACGUGCGUGUGUAUUCGUGAUUGCCGAGAAGGACGACGACGAAGGGAGUUUAUUUACGUUUAUGCACGGUUACCCUCGUCCCGUUUUCUUUGGUGUCGGAAAACGUAAAAUCAAACCUUACGUAGAGGGAGAACUGAAGGAAAUAUACAAAAAAUGGAAAGAACAAAAGAAAUAUCGCAGUCGUUAAUAUACCGACGAUCACAGUGCACACACACACACACACACACACACACACACACACACACA